GAACGAACAAAAAGAAAAAGAAAAAAGAAAACGGUCGAGCAGUUACUUGGCAACAGAACAAGAAAAGCACCAAAUACACUUCUUGAAAACAGACUGUGUUAAUAAAACUUCAACUGAGGCUACAGACUCCGGCGAAUUAAGCAACGUUUUUAUCGCUUAGUCAGCGACAGUCAGAAUGUACCAAAUUAAGUCAGAGGGAAAUGGUCAGGUUUUCCAGGGAACUACUGAAAACCAACACACUGGGCUUUUUCAGGCAGCUCCUGUCAGUUAUGUUGUAAACACAAUCCCAAACCUGCCAUCUUCUUCCAUGGCCUGCUUCCAAAUGCCACAGCCGCCCUCUGGCACUGCUUUGCCACUUCCUGAGGAGAUAAUCAACUACAUGCAGCAGUAUUGGAUGUACUCGCUGUCAGGCUCUGUUGCUGCUGGCGACUUAGCCAACAGCCAGUUGCGCAACUCCACCUCUAACCGGCUGAAGGCUGAGUCCGGGGUUGGGAGUAUUGGCUCUCAGAAGCCUUUAGAGGACGCCUUACAGAAGAGGGCACUCCGCCUAAUGAAAAACAGGGAAGCUGCGCGGGAGUGUCGGCGAAAGAAGAAGGAGUACGUCAGAUGCCUUGAAAACCGCGUGGCCGUGCUGGAGCAGCAAAACAAGACUCUCAUAGAUGAGCUCCGAGCCCUGAAAGACAUCUACCAACACAAAGUGGAGUGACUCCACCGCAGAGAUCAGGAGCUGGGAUUGUGUGGACUGUGUUUGUCUGUUUCCAUUGCGUGUCUUGAGGAGUCUGGAAUAAGAACGCGCUUACACGAAACACUCCUUGUCAUUAAUUUUCUGUGUGUUUACACAAUGAUGUCAGAAUUUCAGGGUCAUAAUUAUCCAACGCCAGCAGGAUAAACACGAAUGGUUCAGCAUUAGGAGCAAUGUUUAUUGGACACAAAGAAUAGUGAGGUUGAAUGAAAAUAUGGAAGACGGCAUCUAGAUUCAUGCCACCGUCAUCUUUUAUCAGCGUUGCAUUCUGUAUGCUGCAUGAUUAUCUUGACAACAUUGCUUCGCAUAAUCAGCUGAUGUUCUGAGAAGGAAAAUAUGGGAAUGUGUUUCAAAAAUAAUCAGGGAUUUACAAAAUGUGUGAUGGCUUUUAUUCUACUCUAAAGAUCCUGAUGGAACCAUAUUUUAGCUUAGGACCAAACUAUAAGGAUCCAUGGUUCCUAUCUGUGAUGACAUGUCUCUUUUAAGAAACAUGUUGUUGCUUAUUCAUUUCAGUAGGUUUUCCCAGCAGUUUUAUGUCGCGUUUAUAUUUUGUUAAUAAAAUCCCUAAUUUGUUUGUGAGCGAA